CUACGACUUCUCUCGCCAUUGAUCAUGCAGCCACCACGGUUGUCCCUUCCAUGGAUGAUGCAAUAGCCACAGUCCCUCCUAUUACAGGUCGUGCUACAGUUAUAGCUUUCCCUGCCAUAAACCGAGUCACUAUUACUACAUCUCCUAUGACUCGUUCACGCGCCAAGUCAUUGUCUCCUGAAGUUUUGGCACAACAGGCCCCUUCUCCUGUUCGAAGCGCUAGUCUUUCCCCCGUAAAGACUGCUUACAAGGGGAAACAAACCAUGUCGGAAGAAGAUAGUUCGUUAGAAUACUCGGCUAACACUCCAAGCAGCGAUACGUCUUUUUCUACAAGCUUGACCGACAAAGGAGACGUCUUAUUGAAUCAAGAAACCGAGGCUGACGUAGAUAUUGAAGAAGAGGAUGGGGCUAGGGCCAAAUCUCCGCCUCCUGACAUCCAAAUCAGUCGUCCUGAUGUCCUUCUUCUGAUCACGAUGACCUCCUUAGAAGAAGAACAACUUGAUUAUGGAGAGUCUGGCUAUUCUCCUGGCGCAAAUAUCUUUCUUUCUUUUGAUGCCUCAUAUUCUCCAUGUAUCGUGGAAGCCGUCGAUGUAAUUGCUCAUGAAGCAUCGACACUAAGGGAAGCAGAAGCCCAAUCAUCAGAGAUUCAAACAGGGAUGGAAAAUAUACUUCUUCCUCAAAGCACAGGAGCAGUCUUGCCGAUGGUCACUGCAACAUCUGAUGCCCCCAUUCAUGCUGAUAAAUCUCAUACUGCGCGCCCUCUUCCUAUCCAGCCAGUAGCCCGGAGUUUGGAAUUCUUCUCUUACCCAGUUGACGUUCCGACUCCAACGACUCUUGACUCGAGUACUGGAGGAGCUCAGGAACUUUCUUUCAAUGUUGCCAUGGCUACAGACGUACCCAGAUCCGGAGAACUAGGAACCUGUUCUGUUCAAGUUACUUCCGCAAUUGCCUCCGAACUGGCUUUAGUAGUACCAACUCCAAAUGGGUCUGAAAGUUCCAACUCGGUAGCUACAGUUUCUGAUAGACUUUCAUUGGAGAAGGUGUCAGCUCCCAUGCUGGUGUUCUUUAAGAAUGUAAUCUCUGUUAUUGUAAGUGCUUUUAAGGACCCAGCCUAG